AUGAGCAUCAUAUAUUUGAGAGAAACUGAGGAAGCAACAAUGCCUAAGAUAGUGCCUUAUGUGGAUGACCCAGAAGUGUGGAAGAAGUUUAUACGAGCCCAGGUAGAAGGUAGAGUCAUAGAACACGCUGGAUAUGGUAGGCGAGGAAAACUCAAGUGGAUACCAGUGUCAUCAGUCCGCGAACCAAUUGUUCAACACGUCAGUCCCACUGAAGCUGUUUAUCAGAGGGCAAAGGCAGAAAUUGACAAGCAGCAGAAAGAAAUGGCUGAACGGGAUCUGCCAUCAAAGAGAGUUUACAGACAAAUGAGUGACAAUGAUUCCUUUGACCACACCUAUAAUGGAAAUGUGAUGAAUAGACUUUUUAAGAAACCUAAGAAAAAGAGGGAUGUUAUGGUGUAUUCUGGCCCACCUGGAAAACGUCAACGCAGACAGUGAUCAUCAACAAUGGACUAUGAAAUAAUUUGUAUAAAUGACAAUAUGUAUAUUAAAUAAACAACUAAAGCACUAAAAUGCAUUUUACUGUUAUUGUUGGGUUGUUGUUGAUAGUGGCGGCUGUGGCGGC